UCUCUCUCUCUCUCUCUCUCUCUCUCUUGAUCAGACCCAGCCCCAAAAAGAUAUAUCAUCACUAUAUUACAACCAUUUUCUCAUCUUCAUAUCAUCAUACCAAAAAAAAGAACUAGAAAAGAAAAGUUGUUGUAACAAAAAAAAUGGAUUCAAAUGGUAACAACACAAAAGCUGUGAAGAGAAAAGUUGUAGACAACCUCGUGGAAGGCUGUGAAUUCACUACUCAGCUUCAGCUUCUCUUCUCUCAUCGACACUCUAAUCAGCACAUCGAGACAGGUUCACUUUCCAGUGAUUCGGAUCUCGCUAAUGAGCUCAUCUCUAAGAUUUUGGGAUGUUUCCAUAAAACCAUAUCGGUUCUUGAUUCUUUUGACCCCGUCCCCGACGUCUCUUUCCCUGUGGCCGUAGAGGGUUCACGAAAUGCUUCAUGUGGCGAUGACUCGGCGACUCCGGCGAGUUGCAACGGUGGAGAUUCCGGUGAUAGUAGAAAGAGACUAGGGGUUGGUAAGGGUAAAAGAGGAUGCUACAUUAGAAAGAAGAGAUCGCAUACUUGGACAGUGCAAGCUAAAAGAAUUGAUGAAGAUAUGUAUGCUUGGAGGAAAUAUGGACAAAAGGAGAUUCUUAAUACCAAGUUCCCAAGGAGUUACUUUAGAUGCACACACAAACCAACACAAGGAUGCAAAGCAACAAAGCAAGUUCAGAAACUUGAGCAAACCCCUGAGAUGUUUCAAAUCACAUACAUAGGCCACCACACUUGUAAUGUUAGUGACCAAACACAAGUGAAGACCGAAAUAACUAUGGAUUCGGACAACACAUUGGCUGCAACCACUUCUCACCAGGAUCAUAUCAAUGUAAAUGUACAAGAGCAAGAGAACGAUGUCAGUAGUCUGAUCGUAGAUAUGGUAAAACAGGAGGAGAAUAUCAAUGGUGAUCAGAUUAAAGACUCUUGUGAAGGUUCUUCAACAGAUGGCAAUUUGUCAUUGGUAUGGCAAGACGAGAUGAUGUUUGAUGAUUAUCAACAUCAUCAGGAUCAUCACUACUAUCGCGGUGAAACUAGUACUACUUCUCAUCAGUUCUCUUUCAUUGACAACGAUCAACUUUCCUUGUUCGACUCAUACUGCCCUUACGAAGAAAUGUAUGCUAGGUGAACAUCUAAAUCUAGAUUGAUGAAUCACAAUCAGGCUUGUAAUAUUUUCUCAUCCCAGUAUGCUUAGUGGAAUGUAAUAUUUUGUUGGAUAUUUGAUAAUACACCAUAUGGCAUAUAUACACCAGAUAGUAUUAUUGUUUUGCUUA